AUGGGGAUAACUGGGUCUAACAAGGGUAUUGGUCUCCAAGUCGUAAGAGUUCUAUGCCGUCAUUUUGGACAAGAUGGGAUCGUUUACCUGACUGCGCGUAAUGAAGGGCGCGGCCUGGCUGCUGUUGAGCUCCUUCAGAAAGAAGGACUUAAUCCCAAGUUUCAUCUUCUCGACAUCAGCGAUCAAGCAAACAUUGAUCGAUUCCGGGAUGAUCUGGAGAAGGAACAUGGCGGGAUUGAUAUUCUUAUCAACAACGCAGCAGUUUAUCUACGAGGUUUUAAUCCAGAAAUCCCACUAGACGAGGAGUCAGUACAAACCAUCAAAGUGAAUUUCUUCGGCUUACGGGACGUCUGCAAAAGCCUAUUUCCGUUGGUUCGCAGCGGUGGAAGAAUUGUCAAUGUGGCUAGCUGGUUAGGAUAUCGACUUUUCGAAGAGGAACUAAGCGAUGGUAUGAAAGAAAGAAUCCGACGAAUCCAAGCCGAAGAAGAUAUUGUGGAACUCAUGAAUGACUUCAUGAGUGCCUGCAAAAUGGAUAAAAUUGAAGAAAGCGGUUGGGCACCCUUUCCAUAUGAAGUUAGUAAGCUCGGUGUCAUCUUACUCACCAUAAAUCAAGCUAGUUUGAUGUCGCGUGAUAACACGAAAAAUGAUGUCAUCAUCAAUUCGUGUUGCCCGGGUUUCGUAGAUACCGACAUGACCUCUAACAUCGAUCCUAGGGUACCUGGUUUCCCAAAGUUGUCUGUUGCAGAAGGGGCCGAUACCCCCGUUUACCUCGCUCUCUUGCCUCCAGGCACGAAAGACAUGCACGGGAACUUUGUGAUGAACAGGAAACCAUUCUGCCAUGGCUUAACUCCACUCUAGAGAAGAAAAGGGAUUCAUCAGCAUUUUCCCACUAUAGUCUAUUCCAGGAUAGUCCCCAAACCUUGUUUUGUAAUAAUAUAUAUAUGGUUUCUUGUCAAUUCGAGGGUGCUGAUUCCAAAU